UCACAAGGCGGACACAUGCCGCAAAUGGGCGGAGAAAAGUAUCGCAAUGUCGCUUUUUAUUUACGUUCGUGUGGGGUCGUUUCGGUCUUUGUAAAGAUUUGUUUGGACUCUCGUCGCCAUUGAAACCGAAGUCGCAUAUCCGAUGGCGACCAUAGCUAAGUCCAAGUCGAUUUUGUCAUUUUCCAAAGUUUUUCUGCUAUCCGUUGGGUUGUGGAAACUGAAACUGCCUUUUAGACAUCCCGCAGCUACCAUAGUUUACGCAUUAUAUUCGACUUUCAUCACAUUGUACUUCGCAACUCUGGCGGUCUCGAUGUCUAUCAAGUUCGGGAUAACCUUAACGACGAACUUUGCAGAUCCCGAUAUAUUUCAGCAGUUGUCUUUCCUCAUAGUGAUUCUGACAACCCAUUACGUAACCGUAGUCAUCCGAAGUGACGGUUUUAUAGAUCUAAUCUCCCAAGUUGAACGAGAAGAGAAGAGACUAAUGCGUAGUGAAGUCGGGGAAAUUGUCAACUCCCACCACAAGGAAAUACGUUUCAGCAACGUCGUGAGCGCAACCUUCGUCGUUUUGACAUCUUGUACGGGUGCAUCUCUUAUCUGGGAAAAUUUCCGAUCCAAUAUGGCGGUGGUCGGCUACAACAGGAAAAACAACGCGUCUCUGGAGAGGCCGAUACUCGUCGACUUGUAUUACUUCAACGUCAACAAGCUCCACCAUGAAAAUUUUAUUUUGGUGGUUACCGAAAUCGUCCUGUGCUUCAACACUCUCGUCAUAGCUUCGACGAAAAUGAUCGUCUAUGCUUGCAUAACUUUCGCCGCUUCGGCAUUGCGGUGCCUCCAUAUCAGGUUCCGAAAAUUAGGUCUUCAACGAGACGACGCAUUUAAUGAUUUGAAGCUUCUUAUAGACGAUCACCAAACAAUCAUUGAGUUUGUGAAAAUUUUAAACGAGUUUAUCAAAUUUUUGCUCCUGCUCGAGUAUUUCCUAAAUUCGCUGAACGUAGCUGCUGUCUCUGUUCAGUUCUUAACGCAGGAAGCGAGGCUGUUAUUAAUACCGGCGUUCUACUUGUGCUUCGUCUUGGUUCAGGUGUUUAUUUUGGGUCUAACCACUGACGAAAUAAAAGUCCAGAGCCUUGCUUUGUCGGACGCCCUGUAUGCCAGCCCAUGGCACCAGCAAAGCGAAGAAGUUAAGAAAAUGAUACUGACAGUGUUGACUCGAACUCAGAGACCGUUAGAGCUGACCGUAGGCCCCUUCAAUGCAAUGACGAUGCAGUCUGCCUUGGCGGUGGGUUUUUGAAGCGUUUAACAGGAAAAUGAAGUUGGGAAUUAUUUUACCUUUCAGAUAUUGAAAGCUUCCUAUUCAUA